AUGCGGUACAAGCGCAAGGCCGACUUUGACCAAAAUCCGUCCCGGAAGCUAUUCCGGACGUUGUCUGGCUCGCCUGGGGAGCCCCCCCAGUUUGAUACAGCGAGAGAAGCAAGGGCGACGCGCAGACACACUGACCGAUCGAGGAUCGCAGCAUUACGGCUGGCGUUCUUGCAACAGCGGAAUACAACGACAGCGCAGGAUACGCCACUCCGAAAGGCUGACCGGUUGAGGCACGCAGCACCACGACGGAUGCUCUUGCGCCAGCGGAAUACAAAGACGGCGCAGGAUACGCCAUUUCCUUCCAUGCGAGCCACUGAUACACCAAACGAGAUACAGGACGGGUCAGACGCACUGCAUGAAUGGAGGGCGGUCAGAGAUCGAGAAAGCAUUUACGAAGAGGAGCGUGCACGCAUGAAACACAGUUGGAGGCUCCAGCACAGUAAUCUAGGCCAGGAAAAUGUUGGGAUCGGAGCGCAGUCGCUAGCCGAUGCAAUUCCUGAUGACAGGACGUCCCUGAGCCGUACCGUCCCACUCGGCCGAAGUGCAAUGUCUGUCGCUCAUAGCAUCGGUUCCGUGUUGUGGCGUGCUGUCGCUCGCGUCCUCCAGCUCGCCACAGGAUCCGUAGGCACCCUAACCCCUGCGCACUUCUUGGCCGCAUCCUUCGUUGCCAUGUCAGCACUCCAGUUCAUCACGGACAUCCUGAUCAUCUGUAUCGGCAUUGCUCCGUGGAUCUUCGUCCUCGCCUCGGGUUCCCUUUCAUCCGGUUACAGAGCCGUCGCUCCGUACCUACGGAUAUGCGGCAUAAUGUCGUUCUACCUACUCAUCCAGAGUCUGAUUGCGCUCUUAACAUGUCUCGACACGGCAGCUAUGCUCGGACGACGUCUUUUGCUGCGGCCAACCCUUCGCGCCAUGCAUUCUCCGUGGAAGCGACCUGUCGCAUACACGACCGUCGUCGCUCUGAUGAUCAUAAUAUACAUCGGAGUCUUCAAUCGAGACGUGUUCGUGGUCCCUGCAGAAGUACAGAGGAUGGACGAUGUGCAGCUAGUUCGCAGGUAA